AUGUGGAAGAGAUCGUUCCAUUCUCAAGGAGGACCUCUCCUCGCCAGGACAAAGUUCACAAAACCCAAGCCGAAACAACCGGCACUUCCCAAAGACAAAAUAAGACUGCCCACCCAAUUGACUCAUCACUCCAACAACCUAAAGAUCACGGAACCGAUCCCACCAACUGCUUCGAACCUACAGUGUCCCGAUGACCACCCGCUCUGGCAGUUCUUCUCCAACAAAAAAUUUAUCAGAUCCGCCGACGACUUGCCGCCCUCCAGCCAUAUCAGACCCUGGUCUAUUCCAGAGUUGAGACAUAAGUCCUUCAAUGACCUGCAUUCGCUUUGGUACAAUUGUCUUAGGGAGCAAAAUGUGCUUGCCCGUGAAAAUCAUCUCCUGAAGAACAUUGUCGGCUCCACGCACGACGAAUUCAGUGAGCUUUCUCAGUCUAUCAGAACCACGAUGUGGCAAAUCAGACACGUACUGAGCGAAAGAGAUCUGGCGUAUACAGCUUCGCAGAAAUUUCUACAGGAUGAAGGGGAAAGGAAAAAGUUUUUGGAUACUUUGACUAACGACCAUUUCCUGAACAAGGACAUCCCAGACGACGAAGUCGCCUCCAUGCUCACACGAUUCCAGUUGGCUAUCUUUGGAAUCUCGGAAACCAUCCAGGACAAUACAGUUGAUGUUAACUUUGUAAACGGCAUUAAAUUCUUGGCCAACCUAAAACUGCAGCGAUUCAAGGACUCCAAUGACCUCAUAUCGGAGCUGUCGCAAGAAACCAUCACAGACGUCGGCGAGUCCUUCAUCUUGUUUACCUCCGACUUCGAUUCUCAUGCCGUUCAAGAAGCCUGCGUCGCCAUCAAAGACUUGAGAAAAUCGCCAGAUAAUAAAGUUUCAAAGCUAGACGAACUCCACACCGUUAGAAAAUACUUGAAACAACUCAUUCGUGCAAAUUCCAUGGAACAAGCAACUGCAUGA